UGGUGUGGAGAGGAGUGCUAAUCAUCUGUUUUGUGAGCGGUCCGUGUUUAUUCGACGAACGAGUCCAAUUACACAAAUUUUCUAUCUGGUCUUCAGCUCAGCUUAAUUUAAUUAGGUGAGAUGAUGCGCAAGAUAUAGAGUUCAACACGCCAUAUAAACUCGAUAGGAAAAUGGCGCUGAAACAAGAAAGUGCUCCCACUCUCACUCCGUCCCGUCUGCCUGCGGCCUUUCGGGAGGGUGGCAUUCCUCCUCUCGCCUCCGAGGACUUCGACGAUGUUGAUGACUUCGUUGACGCAGUCGCAGAGCAGUCCAAAUGUGACAUGGACUUGCAACUAGCAUUUGAAGACUGUGAGGUUGCCAUUAGAAAAUUCUUUAAUAACGAUUUAGUGGGGGCUAUGGACAUCAUGUCGCCAUGGUGUCGCACGUCCCUAUACCACAGCUUAGGGGCGUCCAUUUUUGAGUUCAUUCCCGCCAUUCUUACCUUUGAUCACGGGCAAAUCAAUCGCGCGUUAUCAGCACUGAAGAUCUGCAUUAAUUUAUGCAACCAACACAGGCGGAAUUUCACGCUUGUCGAGAGCAUUGGGACCAUUAUCAAAAAGCCCAAUUACAGUUCGUACACUGACAUGGAAGCUCACGCCGAGCUAUGUUACGCUGAAGCCCUUCUACUGCAAGCCGCCAUGACAAUAAUGGAGGGCGAGGACCUGACCGGCUUGAUUAAAGGGACUAUCAAAGUCAAAAGCUGUUACAACAGUUACAAAGACUGCGCGAAGAUUCUAGAGAAAAAGAGGUGGGAUAAUGAAGAGUCCAAGAUCCAUUUCCACAGCGGCGUGCGGCUCGGAACGGCUACCUUCAACCUGAUGAUCUCGCUGCUGCCGCCGAAGAUCAUCAGCCUGCUGGAGUUCGUGGGCUUCUCCGGGAACAAGGCUCUCGGCUUAGCUGAGCUGGAGGCUGGCUCCCGCGCGCCCGGGAUGAGAUCAGUUCUCUGCGAUCUCACACUCCUUGGUUACCACCUCGUCAUCUGCCACUUCAUCGGCUCUACUGGCGACCUGCAAAUAUGCGAGAAGAUCCUCAAGAAGGAACUUAAGGUGUACCCGAACAGCGUGUGGUUCCUGGUUUUCAAGGGGCGUCUGGAACUCCUGCGGGGCCUGUUCGAGCCGGCCAUCGCGACCUACAACCGCGUCGUCCUCAACCAGGAGACGUGGAAGCAGUUCCGCCACGUCUGCUACUGGGAGAUCAUGUGGGUUAACGGGCUUAUGAUGGACUGGCGCGAGGCCGCCUUAUACGCCGGCAAGCUGAUCGAGGAGAGCUCCUGGUCGCGCACCGUCUACUCCUACACGCGCGCCGCCAUGCUGCUGCAGCUGGGCGACAAGCUGACCGCGGCCGAGAGGCAGCAGUGCAACGAGCUGCUCAGACUCCUGGUCGCGCACCGUCUACUCCUACACGCGCGCCGCCAUGCUGCUGCAGCUGGGCGACAAGCUGACCGCGGCCGAGAGGCAGCAGUGCAACGAGCUGCUCAGCUGACGACUGGCGCUGACCGAGAAGACUCCUGGUCGCGCACCGUCUACUCCUACACGCGCGCCGCCAUGCUGCUGCAGCUGGGCGACAAGCUGACCGCGGCCGAGAGGCAGCAGUGCAACGAGCUGCUCAGACUCCUGGUCGCGCACCGUCUACUCCUACACGCGCGCCGCCAUGCUGCUGCAGCUGGGCGACAAGCUGACCGCGGCCGAGAGGCAGCAGUGCAACGAGCUGCUCAGCUGACGACGACUGACGCUGACCGAGGAGACUCCUGGUCGCGCACCGUCUACUCCUACACGCGCGCCGCCAUGCUGCUGCAGCUGGGCGACAAGCUGACCGCGGCCGAGAGGCAGCAGUGCAACGAGCUGCUCAGGAACGCGUCGUUCUACAAGCAGCGCAUCGCCGGCAAGUCGCUGCCGAUGGAGAAGUUCAUGAUCAAGCGGUGCGCGCGCUACGUGGCGCAGGGCGGGCAGCUCAUCCUGCCCGGCGUCGAGCUGCUCUGUCUCUGGAACAUGUUCCAUAUUCUGGCCAAGAACAACCGCGGCGCGCAGAGCAUUCUCAAGCUGAUCGAGUCGACUCGCGACCGGCUGGAGUCAGGCCCGCAAGAGUGGAUGGCUGGCUACGACGCGGACAACCGCGCGCUCCUGCGCUAUCUACACGGCUGCUGCCUCGCCGCCAUGGGGCUGCCGCGGCUGGCGCUCGAGACCCUCGACUCGGUGUUCCAAUUGAAGAAUGACAUAAAAGAGGACACUUUCUUGCUUCCGUACUCGGUCGCUGAAAUGGCCAUGUGCCAUUAUCACCUUGGCAACAAAGACCGCGCCAUACAAAUGCUUCAGGAUGCCAGGAAAAAAUAUUCGGGAUAUUCCCUGGAGUCGAGGUUACACUUCCGCAUGCAUUCCAAGAUGCAACUGGUCAAGAGCAGCUCCCCCGAUAACUCGGCCUCCAGCAAAGCCACCACCAGCGUGUAAACUGACAACCCUGCGAUUAAGGGCGCCUUCAAAUUUGCCGCAGGGUGCAGCACUGAAGCCGCACUGCUGUCGCUAAGCUUGAGAAUCGUAGUGUUAUACAUUUAGUUGCACGAUGGACUUUGACGAAGAAACACUGCUCUUAGUAUUACUAUUAAAACGAAAAAGGAUUUUCGGCAAAAAACACGUGAGCGCAGUCACUAGUCGAUCGAUGAACUGAUGCGUGGCCGCAGCGCGGCACUUUGCAGCAUAUUGUAGACGCCCUAACAACCAUUCGAAUAUUUCCCGCUUAUACCAAAUCAAAUUAACAUCAUUGAAUCAAUCAUAUUGCUUACGUCUUCUCGUAGCUGCCAUUAUAAAUGGUGCCCUACUUUUAUACUUUUUAUAUAACCCUUUAUAUUACAUAGGCAUUAUAAUAGUAUCCAUUUGAAGUUUGAACUAUAUUUUCUAUAAUAUGUAUACCCAAACAACGCUUUCGUAACAACUGCCUUUGCGUGAAUUUCUUGAACGUACACAAUGUUUUACUUUAUGUAAGUAGACAAAGAUUCUAAAAUAUAUAGAUACGUCAUUAUAGAAAUAAAAUUACAUUGUACAAAAUAGUGAAACAGAUUAACGACUGACGUACAAUAUAUCUCGAAUUUUAAUUUUAGUUAUAACAUUUAAAUGAUGUAUGUUUGGCUCGAACGAAUUACCUACUUUAGAUGCCAAAUUAUAUUUAAAUAAGUUUCUUAGAAAAUAUUAACGUCCUGAAUCUGAAAAGCUGUCCAUGACUUGUGUAAACCAGCACUGACUGCAAGUUUCAAUUAAAUUACAAUCAUUUUACGAAAGAAUUUUGAUUCGAUACGAAAUAAAUUUGAUUAAUGUGACGUCACGUGUGACAGUCUCUGCACACAAAAAGAUUCACACUGUAGCUUGGUACUCUUCAAUGGUAGAUAAAUUCUAACUUACCUUCCUACGGAUUGCUACGUAUACAGGAUUUGAAAAGUUUCUAAUAUAUUAAGUGCACUGAAAAUAAUAUUACGUACCUACAAAAUAUACCUGAUCACUGUCUCAUGAGCAUAUCCUUUAUGAUUAUCAAAGAAAUAUAUAAUAAACCAAGGAUUUCUGAUAUUCUAAACUAAAACAUAUUUGAAUAUGGUACAUAAUUAUUAUGUUAACCAUAAGAAAUAAGUCAAUUCGGAUUAAUUCUUAAAGGCGGUUAAUUUGCUCAGUUUCUAGAUACCGUACUUUUUUUAUUUAAAUAUUAAAUAUGUAUGUAUAUCUCUAAAAUUAGAAAAUAGGCUUCUAUGAAGCUACAUAUUACCCUUACUUCUAAAAAUCGACCGUCUAUACAUGUAUUUUUGCAAUUAUGUUAUGAAUUAAGUUAUAUUGAUAGUAGGUACAUAAUAACCAAUUCGUGUUUUUAAACUGAAUCUCUGUGUAUGUUAAACUUAUAUUGUUAUACUUAACUAUAAUAACAAUAAUUAUUUAAUGACAAACCAGAAUGCUUGUUAAAAGAUUUCUUCAGCCUGUAUUGUACUUGUAUUAACACUAUUAUUUUCUGAACCUGUUUCCUUUUUCUUGGCAUCAUAGUAAUUUGAAUAAAGGUUCUACUAAUAAUAUUUUAGGUCUUUAAUGUGAGGUAUUAUUAUAAUUAAUUACCGAAUGUUGAAUACCAACGCAUUCAUUGACAAUACCUUGACAAUCUCUGUGUACUGUGUAUUUUGUGGAUUGAAUUUUAUUCUGACUUUGUUAGUGCACUAUUUAAUUCACUGAUUUAAUUUGAAUCUUUUGUUGGUCUACUUUUUUAUGUAGAAAUUAUUGUGUUAUAUUUUUUAACAAUUUUGUAAAUGUUAUGUUAUAUUAUUUAUUAUUGGCAAAUCAUUUUUACGUGCACCAAUUGAACGACAUCGUUUAAAAUAUACAAAAUGUACUAUGGCUAAAUGAUAUAUUUUUAUAUGCCUCGUAUAUCGCCAAUAUUGUGGUUUACAUAUAGAUAUGUAUACCUAGUACAAAAAUACAAGUAAACGUAUAUAUUUAAACAAUGCGUUUCCUAAUUUUAAUAAGGUAUUCCUAUAUGCCAUUACAUUUGAUUGUACUUAUGUGUUAAUAUUAUUUUAAUUAUAAACAAGUUGUGUUUGUUGUUUAUUCGUUUAAACCCGUUAAAAGCCGGGUGAAGUCGCUAGUUGUUAAUAAAUUAGAAUAUCUACUUUCAAGUAGGAUUUUGUGGGAAAGUACAAUAACUGCAUUUUUAUAAAAUAUUGUUAUUUAUUGAAUAUUCGGAUAUUAUAUUAUUUAAAAAUACAGAUAAUGGCUUGUACUUACGCCUAAUAAUGUAUGUAAAUUGCCAGUAUUUAUGUGUCACUAUAAGUGUCACCCAGUAGAACAUUCCAUUUUUGUGAAACUUAUUACAUAAUGUUAAUAAUGCAUUAAGAACACUUUUUAAAUAAACUGUAACUAGUAAAAUCUCAAUAUUCAAACCAAUAUACUAUAAUCACAUACCCACCAUAUAACCAUACAUAUUUCAGAUAAUGCCAGACAAAACCCCUUAAAAAUUUCCUUUUGCUUGAUCCAGGCCUAGUACUUAGUAGUUUCCUGGGUAAAAAGAGCAAGAGUUUGAAUUAGUCCGUCACUUUACUGAACAAAAAAUACUCGACACGUAUUUUUCAAACUAACGAAAUUUGAAAGAGAUAAAGCGCGCCAAAGUUCGUAUGAAGAGGCCCAUAACGUCAAGAAGUGCUUAAAAGUGUAGCACUUUCUGACGUCACGGGGAACUUCAACGCACCAUAACUUCAAAAUUACUUGUUUGUUUGACAAAUAAAAAUAUAGUAUGUGUUCAAUAUUUUUUGAUAAAAUAAUUGGCGGACUAAAAGUUAUUUUUUAUGAAAGUAGCCUAAUAGACUCACAGGAGAAAUCAGGCGUUACUUUAUUUGAGCCUGCCGGCCUUGCCUAGGGAAAACUACAUCAAUACGUUGUUUCUUAUUAUUGUAAUGAUUUAUGUAUACCAUAAUGAUCUUCCAAAUACUUUUAAAUUAUUCAGAGUACAUUAUUAAUUAAGUUAACUUUGUUGUUAAGAUUUAUUGUUUUUUAUACUGGUACUGGUAAGCCUAAAUAACGAAUUUAUGCAAUUGUCGACUUAGUAGUAUCCCUUACUUAUGUAUUGUGGUUACCAUCUUGAACAGUUUUAUCAAAAACCCGGACAAAUUGGUCACAAACUGAAAUAUGCGUUUAGCAUAAUUUAUACAAAUUGCGUUAUAGUUAUUUUCAUCUUAAUCUUAAGAUGUUUCAAUUUGAACAAAUCCAAAAAAUGGUAACCCAAUACAUAUGUUAUUAUGACAGUUCGUAUUUUAUUUAGAUAAUAUUUUUGACAGUCACGUAUUUAACAUAAUGUAGCCUAUGUACAUAAUAUGUUACCCAGGCCAUUAUUAUCGAAUCAAACGACAUUUCAUUCAUCAAAAUCCGAUGAAUUUUAGGCGCUACGGAGGCACAUAAAAUAUUACUUUCCACGUAACAUUUAGAGACGCCAUAGUCUGGUAAAAAGUCGUGGUGACCACAACGAACUGUCCAGUAAAAUAUUAUGUACAUGUUUAAUGUACUUACUAAUUAAAAUACGAGUUUACUUAUGUAAUAUUUUGUAUAAAUAUAUUACUUUGUUCCCAAUAGACUUGAUACACCUAUUUUUAUAAUGUAGAAAUCUGGUAUUUUCGAAUGAACGUAGAAAAUAAAGUAUUGAUGUAUUUAA